CUGUGCUGUAUUUGUGACAAGCUACAUACAGAUGGCCUCGAAGCUUCUGCAAUGCUCAGCAUGCGUCAGACAUGCUCGGCGGAUCAGAUCGGGUCCGCUCAGGACUCAAUUCCGAGCGAAUGGCAGCUCUUCGGGCAGUUUUCAGCCAGCUACGCCCGGCCAGCAGCUGUUGACAUUACGGACGCUUGAUAGUCUAGUGACAACGAUUGCGAAGUCAGCCGUGAAUUCACCACAUCAUCCCUCGCCAUUCUCCAUGCGUGCACUUCCCUCGCCAUGGCUUACAUCCUCAUCCCCCGACUUGGACGGGACAGUGCCCACUCAGCCCCUAGCUCCACUUACAGCCGAGGAAGAAAAGGAGCUCAUGCGUCCGAAGCACAUGAGCGAGUCGUAUACUACUUUUGAUCUCCCGUUGAAGAGCGACGAGAGGCUAUAUCAAAGAUACGUCAAUGCUCAAGGCGGAUUUCGUAUAGGCAAGCUCUUGGAGCAUCUCGACUCCCUGGCUGGUGCCGUUGCUUACAGACAUUGCCUACCGACUUAUUUGCGUCUUUCGCAAUCACCGGACUCGACCCAAGCCUUCCACGAGGCUUCAACGAGAGCUGGUCUAUAUCUCGCGACUGCCAGUGCUGAUCGAUUGGACAUGCUAGGGAAGCUUAACAGGGACAAUGUCAAGGAUCUCCGGUUCUCAGGAUUCGUUACCUGGACCGGAAACUCGUCCAUGGAGGUAGUAGUCAAAAUGGAAGGGUCUCCAAAUACUUCAUCUUCAUCCUCCUGGGAGACUAUUAUGAUCGGCCGCUUCGCCAUGGUCUGCCGAGACUCAAAGACACACAAGUCGAAGAGGAUCCCAGAGCUCAUCGUUGAAAGCGAGGAAGAGCAAGCAUUGUGGAACAUCGGUGCGGACCACCGAAAACGUCUGAAGCAAAACUCCAUGAUGGCCUUGGAUAAAGUUCCUCCUACAUCCGAAGAGGUAAAAGAGCUACACGAUCUCAUGCUCAAGAUCGUCGAUCACAAUGCCAAGUACAUGGACGGCGAGCAAGUCGUGCAAAUGAGAGACACAGAGACCCAAACUGUUCAACUCAUGUUUCCGCAAGAUCGUAAUCUACAUGGCAAAGCGUUUGGUGGCACUUUGAUGCGUCUGGCGUUCGAGCUCUGUUUCACCAACGCCGCACUCUUCGCUUCAAGACCUAUGCGUUUCCUUUCACUGGACGAGAUUACCUUCAGGCUUCCAGUGCCCAUCGGUGCGGUCCUUCGCUUGACGUCCAAAGUUGUCAACACGUCGACGCCUCGAGCGGGGGAAGAAGCCAAAGUCCAUAUCAUGGUAAGGGCGGAAGUAGAAGAAGUGGACUCAGGGGUGAGCCGGACGCGAGGUUGGCCGGACGCGAGAUUGGAUGCUAAUCAGGGCUCUCAGGUCCGCCGUGAGACCAAUACAUUCUUCUUCACGAUGGCUGUCGAGGACGGUAAACCUAUCGGUCGGACUGUGGUGCCGACGACUUAUUCCGAGUCGAUGCAUUAUCUCGAAGGGAAGCGGAGACUGGAAUUGGGAGACGAGAUGCGGAGACUGUAUUCCGGAGGGAUAUGAAAGGGUCAGAUGGUCAAAACAGAACCAACUGGAUCCCCUCACAAAGGUCAUUCGUCGUACACACAGCCCGUCAUGGUCACGCGCUCAUACGUCGCUAGCGAACAAACCAAGACAUCUGAUCAAAAGACAACAUCAUAUAGAGCACGAAACGCGUCUGGAUCAGUGUUCCUGACCUGUUCGUGAUGUUAAAGAGCCUCACAACAUGCAUGUAUCAAGUGGUCAGACG